GCAGUGGUACAGGGGCCUGAUGAGACCGCACCUGGAGUAUUGUGUGUAAUUCUGGUAUCCUAAUUUGAGGAAGGACAUUAUUGCUAUUGAGGGAGUGCAACGUAGGUUGACCAAGUUAAUUCCCGGGAUGACGGGAUUGACAUGAUAAAAGAAUGGGUCGACAGGGCUUGUACUCACUGGAAUUUAGAAGGAUGAGAGGGCAUCUUAUAGAAACAUAAAUUCUUAAAGGAUUGGACAGGCUAGAUGCAGGAAAAAUGUUUCCGCUGUUGGGGGAGUCCAGAACCAGGGGUCACAUUUUAAGAAUAAGAGGACGGCCAUUUAGGACCGAGAUGAGGAAAAACAUUAAAUUCUCUUCAACUUUCCAAGAUCCUACCGCUCAUCUAUGUAUUAGGAGUAUUGAACCGGGUUUCUGGCGCCAUAAGGCAGAUGCGCCGCUGUGCCGUUGAAUUCCACCGGUGUCUUCAUUUGGCGCCAGUCCCUGCCCAUUUAUUUGAGUCCAAUUCCUGUUUUCCUUUGUACCGGUUCCAUCUAUAAUCUUUAUCUAGAAUAGUGGGUGAAAUGAAACAUCGUGUACUGCAGAUGAGUAUGGACCACUAAAAGUCCAACCACCAUGCAUAGGAAUCCAACCCUCUUCCUUCGGGUGUGCCUCUGUGAUUCUUCAUAAUUAAACGUUAUUAUGUUUUCACAGAUGUGGAUGAAGUUUCAUCUUUAGUUGAAAAGGUGGUGGAGAACAGCCUUCUUGACAUCGGUGUACUCUAGCUUCCUCCUUCCAUGUUCUUCGUUCUACAUCCAAUUCUUAAUUAUUGGCUGUGGGAAUCUAACAUGAAAUACAUGAAAAGGACGAGCCACUAAAUGAAGGUCUGGGAUUUGCAGAAUCAAGAAAUUAAGAUUGCAGACUGCCUGUUGGAUGGUAAAAUUACAAAGUCACCAACUAGGUAAUAGUGAGCGUAACUUCGUUGCUAAGUAACUGAAUGACCGACCCCCUGGAUACUGAUCGGUGUGGGUGGGCAAUGAGUCAGUCGGUGAGAAGCAGGUGGGCUGAGACCUUGGACAGAGGCUUGCAGUCCGAUGGAAAACACGGCGGGAAAUGUCGGCCAGGGACCUGGUGUCCCACGGGUGCCUUGUCGGGUUAAUCUGGCCGCCCGGAAAACAGACCUGUAUCGCCCCGACCUCCCUUCCCUGCGCCGCAUGAAGAUGGACGACGAAGCCAGCAAACUACCGGGGGAACACAGCCGGAACACCACUAAAUGCAGUGCAGAUGAUUUUUCAGAUACGUCCUUUACGCUGUUUGAUUAUCCCAAAGCAUCCCAUGCAGCAUUGUUAUUCACCCAUGCCGGAGGAUCACUGAGAAUAAGUGACAAGUUUUCUCCUGAUGGAAAGCGAUAUACAAUUCCUAGCAUUCAUAUUGAGAAACCAUGGAGUCACUACAAGUCUUUGAUCACUGAAACCUCAAAGGACUGGUCUCGCUUUGUAUCAGAGUGUGGGGAAUUUGUGCUUCCCAAGAAGGACCCUAAAGAUCUACACUACUCUGGCUACGCAGUCAGAUAUUUGAAACCAAACAUUACACAGUCCUGGAAGUGUUAUCUUCAAUCGGAGCCUUCAAUCAGCAAUUAUGACCAGAAGCCCAUCUCAGUCAAUACUCUUAAUCGAUACAGAAAAUGGUCCACUCCAUUCAGCCGUUCUUCUUCCCAGCGACCUUGGUAUUAAAGUACAUCUUGAAUUUGGAAGCUUUGAGCAGAAGGUAUCGGCAAGGAAUCUGACCAGAUUUGCUAUAGGAUCUGAAGCUGUGAAUACAACUUCAAAGAAGUAAAC